GAAAAUUUCCGAACAUAUACAUUAUGUAUUUGUAACCUUUUAUACAUCUUCAACUCAUUUUCUCUCUAAGUUCCCAAGUUGAAGUUGGACACUUCAUGACUCGUUUACAUACUAUGUAAGGAGUCCUCAAUCCUCUUUUCCACAUUGUGCAAGAAACUAGUGAAAGUGAAUCCAAACCUUCACAACCAUGGCGGUAUCAUUCUCCAGCAUUCCGCCGGCGUCGACGAUCUUCGGCGCCUACGCGUCGGUUUCGGCGUUCAUCAUGCUGAUCCAGACCAUGCUGAACCAGCUUGUGCCCCGUCAGGUGCAACAAUAUGUUCUCAACAUGAUCCACCACUACUUUAGGCCAAGGACCAACAAUGCCACAAUUGUUGUCGAAGAAAGGGACGGCAUGUCCGGCAAUGAAGUGUACACUGCUGCUGAAACCUAUCUCUGCACGAAAAUCAGGCCCGAUAUUGAGCGCCUGAAAAUCAGCAAGCGCCACAAGGACGUCGGCGUGAACAUCAAGUUCGCGCAGUGUGAGAAGAUUGCUGAUUUCUAUGAUGGGGUUGAGAUGGAAUGGAGAUUCGUUCAUGAAGAGAGGAAAAAGACGUCGAAAGUCAUCGAUGAGGACACUGACAAUGUCUUGAUUGAAUCCGAGAAGCGGUAUUUUGAGCUUUGUUUCGACAAGAAGGACAAGGAAAAGGUCCUGGAUUCUUACAUUCCUUUUGUGCUCGAAAGGGCUAAGGUGAUAAAAGCUGAAAACAAGAUUGUGAAAUUGCAUACUCUAGCCUGUGCAGCUUCCUACUCAUCUUCAAUCGUGUGGGAUUCGAUUAAUCUCGAACACCCCUCGACUUUCGACACUCUUGCCAUGGAUCCAGGUAUAAAGAAGUCUAUAAUCGAGGAUUUAAACAGGUUUGUGAGAAGGAAAGAGUUCUACAGGAAAGUCGGCAGGGCCUGGAAGAGGGGGUACCUGCUGUAUGGCCCUCCAGGGACUGGAAAAUCCAGCUUGAUCGCUGCUAUUGCUAAUUACCUCAAGUUUGAUAUCUACGACUUGGAGCUUACGAACGUGAAGCGUGAUUCCGAUUUGAGAAAGUUGCUCCUGAGGACUGGGAACAGGUCCAUUCUCGUUAUCGAAGACAUCGAUUGCACAGUGGAGUUGCCUGACAGGAAAGGGCCGUCGGCCAGCCAUGAUGGACACGGACACGGACAGUGCCACCGUCCCCGUGAUCAUCAGUUUACACUGUCGGGACUGCUAAACUUCAUAGAUGGGCUGUGGUCGAGCUGCGGGGACGAAAGGAUCAUCAUAUUCACAACCAACAACAAAGACAAGCUCGACCCGGCAUUGCUCCGCCCUGGCCGCAUGGACAUGCACAUUCACAUGUCCUAUCUCACGCCCGACGGGUUCAAGCUCUUGGCCUCGACUUACCUCAAUUUCCACGACUCCCACCACCCAUGUUUCUUGGAAAUUGAGGAUAUGAUCAACAACAUGCAAGUCACGCCUGCAGAAGUUGCAGAGGAGCUAAUGAAGAGCGACGAUGCUGACGUUGCUCUUGGCGGGCUGGUCAAUUUUCUCAAGUGCAAGAAAAAAAUCGACCCCAACGCUGUGACGGAAAAACAGAUCGAUGAUGGUGACGGAGAAGACGAUGGAAAAGAGAAAGAAGUCAUGGCUGAUGACAGCGAUAUUGAACUUGUGACUCAUUAAGAAAUAGUUAAAAAAGAUUAAUGAUUUAGUAUUAGCUUAGGACAGCGGUAUCACGAUGCUGCUAUGCUCUUUGCAUCAUUAUUAUUCACUAUUGGGAUUAUGAUUUAGACUAUUAAGUAUUAGUUUAGGACAGUCCAAUAUUGCUGCUCUUUUGGACAUUAUUAUCCAUUGAUGGGUCCAAUUGGAACGUGUAAUUUCCAUCAAGAUUCCCUGGAUUGAAAUUACAAGCUAGUGCAACUUCUAUGAAGAUUCCCUGGAUUGAAA